UCUUAUGAAUGGAAAGUGAAAAACCCUGUUCCGCUUAAAUUGGGUUCUUUCCUGUCCUGAGAAACACAACAGACCCCAAAAAGGCAAGCUGAAGAGAGAACACACACACAGACCAAGCGACAAGAAAUGACCAUGACUACCAUGCCAGAGAGUCUAAAUAGCCCCGUCUCAGGGAAGGCUGUCUUUAUGGAGUUUGGGCCACCCAGCCAGCAAAUGUCUCCUUCUCCCAUGUCCCACGGACACUAUUCCAUGCACUGUUUACACUCCGCGGGCCACUCUCAGCCUGACAGCUCGUACAGCACAGCUUCGUCCUUCUCCCGACCGCUGGGCUACCCCUAUGUGAACUCGGUCAGCAGCCACUCGACCAACCCCUACAUCAGUUCAGUGCAGUCCUACCCCAACAGCUCCAGCCUGGCUCAGACCCGGUUAGAGGAGACAGGGGCCGAAUCGGAGAAAAGCACUGUGGUAGAAGGAGGGGAAGUUCGCUUUAAUGGGAAAGGGAAAAAAAUCCGCAAACCCAGGACUAUUUAUUCCAGUUUGCAGCUGCAGGCUUUGAACAGGAGGUUCCAGCAAACUCAGUACCUGGCUCUGCCCGAAAGAGCCGAGCUCGCAGCCUCUCUGGGACUCACCCAGACCCAGGUGAAGAUCUGGUUCCAGAACAAGCGCUCCAAGUUCAAGAAGCUGAUGAAGCAGGGCGGGGCGGCCCUGGAGAGCGGCGCCCUGAGCAACGGCCGGGCGCUGUCGGGCGGCUCGCCGCCGGUGCCCCCGGUGUGGAACACCUCCUCCGCCGCCGGUAAGGCCUCCUCGGGCACCCCGGGCACCUACAUCCCCAGCUACACGUCGUGGUACCCUUCGGCCCACCAAGAAGCCAUGCAGCAGCCUCAGCUGAUGUGAUUAGACACCGGUUUUCCCCUGCUGCCAGCACUACAGGUCGCGAAAGAAUAAAAAUUAUUUAAAGCGUAAAAUUAAAUAAAAGGCAAGGAAAAAAUGAGAGAAAAAAGAGAGAGGGGGGAAGAGCGAGGAAAAAAACCCAACACCCAAGCAACCGAGCGGGAGGCCUCCCGCCCGCAGAGCCGCUCGGACGCCGCGCUGCAGCCCGGCGCGGGCAGCACAGAUGCGACGCGGCCGGUUCCCACCGCCGCCAGCUGACGGGGCGGCCGCGGCCGCGCAACAGCCUGCGAGCAGGGCGAGCGCCCGAGCGCGGCUUUGUGGGACAGCCAGAAAAAUGUGUCGGGGGGGAGGAACCUCUCCGCUGUCCUGUCUGUCUGUCUGUGUCUGUUGAAAUGUAGGUCAUUUCUUUACUGCCCCAAUCCGACGGCCUCUUCGAUGGCG